UCAAGAUAAUACAUGUGGUCCCCAAAAUGUUCCACCAGGAGGUGUUUUGGGGGCAGUUAACUAAGAGGGGGCUUCCAGACAGAUGGAGGAGUUGAUAUACAUGAGGUCACAGAUCUACUCCCUCUCCCCCUUCAAAAGAAACUGCUCAGCUCCAUUUGUCUCUGAAUCUAGAGGAAGUUGACAAAGGUGCCACAGCAGCACAGCACAGCACAAUAUGUGGUGGGGAGUUUUCAGCUUGCUGGCUUGGUUUCCCUUACAAGAGGCCUCUCUGACUAACCACACAGAAACCGUCACCGUGGAGGAAGGCCAGACGCUCACUCUAAAGUGUGUCACUUCUCUGAGGAAGACCUCCUCCCUCCAGUGGCUGACCCCCUCAGGGUUCACCAUUUUUUUAAAUGAGUAUCCUGCUUUUAAAAAUUCCAGAUACCAGCUUCUCCAUCACUCGGCCAAUCAGCUCUCCAUCAGCGUGUCUAACGUAACCCUGCGAGAUGAAGGCGUGUACAAGUGCUUACAUUACGGCGACUCUGUGAGCACUAAGGAAGUGAAAGUGAUUGUGCUGGCAACUCCUUUCAAGCCAAUCCUGGAAGCUUCAGUUAUCAGAAAGCAAAACGGAGAAGAACAUGUUGUACUCAUGUGCUCCGCCAUGAGAAGCAAGCCCCCUCCACAGAUAACCUGGCUACUUGGGAAUGGCGUGGAGGUCUCCGGUGGAACCCACCAUGAAUUUGAAACUGAUGGGAAGAAAUGUAAUACUACCAGCACUCUCAUAAUCCACACUUAUGGCAAAAAUUCAACAGUGGACUGCAUUAUCCGGCACAGAGGCCUGCAAGGGAGAAAACUAGUAGCACCCUUCCGGUUUGAAGAUUUGGUUACUGAUGAAGAGACAGCUUCAGAUGCUCUGGAGAGAAACUCUGUAUCCUCUCAAGACCCACAGCAGCCCACCAGUACUGUGUCGGUAAUGGAAGAUUCUAGUACGUUGGAAAUUGAUACAGAAGAGAAAGAACAAACCACUCAAGAUCCUGACUUGACCACCGACGCAAAUCCUCAGUAUUUAGGAUUGGCAAGGAAGAAAAGUGGCAUCCUGCUGCUCACGCUGGUGUCCUUCCUCAUCUUCAUACUCUUCAUCAUAGUCCAGCUCUUCAUCAUGAAGCUGCGGAAGGCACAUGUCAUAUGGAAAAAAGAAAACGAAGUUUCAGAACACACACUAGAAAGUUACAGAUCAAGGUCAAAUAAUGAAGAAACAUCAUCUCAAGAGAAAAAUGGCCGAUGUAAGUCAACUGUAUGACCUGAGAUCUGAAUAAUGAGGUUCAUUAAUGUAUUAGUCAGAGUUCUCUCUCUCUAUAUAUAUAUGGGGGGGAUUUAUUAGGGGAAUUGGCUCAUGAGAUUAUGGAGUCUGACGAGUCCCUGGACAGGAGGUCUGCAAACUGGAGAUCCUGGGAUGCUGGUAGCCUGGCUCAGUCCAAGUUCAAAGGCCCGAGAACUCAGGGGACCACUGGUAAGUCCUAAAAUCCAAAGGCCAGGGAGUCUAGAGUUCUGCUGCCAGGAGAGGAGGGAGUGUAUUCCAGCUCCAGCAGACAGAUCAACACAUUUGCCUUCUUUCUGAUUUUGUUCUUUCCGGGCCCCCAGUGAAUUGGAUGGUGCCCACCCACAUCAAGGGCAAAUCUCGAUGCCCACCUACUCCACCAGACUCACACACUAAUCUCCUCUAGAAACAACCUCAUAGACAAACCCAAAAAUAAUGCUUUACCAGAUUUGAGGUACUUCUUAAUCCACCCAACUUAACACUUAAAAUUAACCAUCAUAAUUAAUUAGUCACCAUUAAAAAGGAGAAGAAUAAAAUUUGACUUUUUUAGCCCCAGAAAGUCUCCUAAAUCACCUUAUAGAACUUAAGGAAACUCAUCUGCAAAAAAUAAAUAGUAGCAGUCAAGUUCAUGUAGCAGAAGGUGACUUCCUUUUGGGAGGCCAUCCUUGACUCUGACGUCACACACAAGGAUACCCCAAGACCGCCAGAGGAUUCUAUGACACCUUUGUCAUAGAAGCACUUCUUCCUCCAUAUUGUAAUUUUUGGUGUUUUUAUAUAGCUACAAUACUCCUUUAGGUGGUAAGUAAUCAGAUUUACUCUGUAUCCUCAGAUUCUAGCACAGGGUAGUUGAUACAUUUGUUUUAAAUGAGUGACUAUAGGCUUAAUUAAUUCAAGAAGGCAUGUUUCAGGUCCUUUCGAUGACUUCAUUGCAAUUCCCCAGACAAAAUAUGUAAAGAAAAUGAAGAGAAUCGGGAUGGGAAGGAGACUGUGUAUGGGAAGUGGAGGUUGGGGGUUGUAUUCUUGAUAAAGAUCUGGAAGGCAGAAGCUAGGACAAUAGAAAAGCAAGAAUAUUCCACCUUCCAACCCUUUUAUUUCCUCCAUGCAAACUAACUUAUUCUACCUGCCAGGAGCUGCAAGAAAUACAGCGAGCUUUGCCGCUCUAUUCUACUGGUUUUACUGAGGUUUUUGUAGGAGGCUUGUCUUAUAUAACACCUCUGCCACUUCAGGUAUUGACCUACUAGAGUGUGAACUGCAAAGACCGAAUAAUAGAUGUACUAGCUGGGGGAGGAACACAAGCGAAUUGACUGUGUGAACACUGAGGGUGGGAGGGGAAAAUGUGUGUAAACAACAUCCAAGUCAAUUGUGUUGCAACACCUGUUUUUAAAUACCAGUCAUCACAUACUCACCUGGCAGACAGAAAAAUGAUGUUAAUAUCACGUGUGAGUUGGCUUGCUCCCUGUGCUGUUUUUCCUAGGCAAGAGGAACCAAAACAGUGGGAGUAGAAUUAUGUCUAUUAGCUGGAAAAAUGG